CCUUUAGUCCCGCAUGGGACGGUCGGGCAGCCCCGCUUUGUGCGUUUCGGCUUCUGGAACUGCACUUCCUGGAUUUUAGCGAGCCAUUCCGCGCACACAUGUCCCAUCAACGCUACAUGGUUUGUGGGUGUGUGGUAUCUAGUGGAGAAGAACAAGAGCCUGUACAUAAUACCUAAUAUUCGCACACAUGUAUACUUUAUCAAUUUAAAGCUUUAUCUAGGAGAGACAUCGAUGCGCUUUGAUUUGCCUUACAGGAGAUGGUUCGGGACGGCGGCAUUCAAGUUCGAUUCAAACAGGUGGAAUACAGUAGGUGUCGGGUGGAGUUGGGAGGAGGAAGGUAUCACGACAGCACGGGCUGCUAUCUAUCCUUCUAAUUAGUAGCGGACCUGUGCAAUAUAUGGCCUCUGUCUCAUUCUGUAGCCUUAUUUAUGUAAAAUAUUCUACCACGUUUGAUUGUCUACUCCGGGACAGUAAAAUUGUGAUAUUCAAACGGCGAAUCUUUAUUAGCUGGGAGACCAUUGACACACAGGUGGGAGAUACCCGUUUCUUAGGACGGCCCCUCUUUCAGUUCCUCAGAGCAGGAUAUGAGCUACUGACAUUUGUUAUUACCCUUUGGGACAGGAGGCGAACGUUUUCUGCUAACAGGUGUGAGAGAGAUCACACCAAUCUUCAUAGCCUGAUACGGAAUCCUUCCUCAUUGUUCGCAGGAAUAUCAAUCUAAGUCAUAUGUUGAUCACUUUCUAGCCAAGAGAGAUACAUUUAACGGUUAUUUGAAACAUACAUCGAAUAAAAUAGUGGAUUAUUAGUAUUUGGAAAGACCCUGUCCUCCUAUUUAAAAAGACACGGGACAUCAGAGAGAAACCAUGUCAAUGAAAAAACCCAGCUUGAAUUUACCCAAAAUGAGCAGAAACCCGGUGGUGUUGGAAGGAGAGAUGUUCGGCGAAUUUCAGGACUGGUGUCUCCGUACUUACGGGGACUCGGGUAAAACAAAGACAGUCACCCGGCGAAAAUACAAUAAGAUUCUCCAGACCCUUUUACACACCGACGACUCCGACGCGGUCUACAUCGAGAGCAACCACAUCAACGCCAAAUUCAAAUUCUGGGUGAAAUCCAAAGGGUUCCAGGUCGGGACCAUUCAAGGGGACCUGAACAAGAAUGGAGCCACUGACAUACCUGUCCUGUACGUCCCCAUCAAGGUGACGUGUGUGGACGGGAGCUCUGGGUCGGAAUCCUCUCUGAAGAGGGUGGCGGUGGUGGAGGACUUCUUUGACAUCAUCUAUGCCAUGCACGUAGAGAUCAGCACCGACCCCGGCAAAGCACCCAAACACGCCGGACAGAAGAAGACCUACAAAGCGAUAGCGGAGACGUAUGCCUUCCUGCCCAGGGAGGCAGUGACCCGUUACCUGAUGAGCUGUGGUGAGUGUCAGAAGCGGAUGCACAUCAGCCCUGGCGGCGCAGAGUUCAAAGAAAAUGACAGACCGACAUCACUGGUGCCGGAUCUCAUCGACUACAACAUGCCGCUGACCACCACAUAUCUGAAGCAGAUGAAACUCCAGUGCAUGAGUACCAAUGAGCAGGAUGAGACUUCAGUGAGCAGUGAGGACUUUGAUAUGAACGACCCCACAUGGAUAUCAGCUGAUCACGGCCCUGCUUCCAACCUGAGUCCCCCGAACCGCAGAGAGAGAAUGCACAGCCCACAGAACGCACACAUUAAGGAGGAGGACGAUGACUCAUCCUCGGAGAGCGGCAGUGGGAACGGCAUGCACACCAUGACCCUUCCGUCUACAGGCGGGGCGGCCCUGGGGUCUGAGAGGUGCAUGGGGGGAACCCCCUACAGGAAGGUGGUAAACGGCAACAGGCCCUCGGCCCCACUGGACUUCAGCACCACCUCCUCGUCCUCAUCGUCCGAGGACCAACAGGCUCCAGUCAACCUGAGUGAGACCAGGCUGCCUGGGUCUGCCCUGAUGGGCCCCUUCCAGCUCGACCCCCCAGACGAGCUGCGCAGGAAGUACCCCGUCAAGCCUCUCACCCAUGCCGCUGAGCUGCGCCUGGACAGAGACUCGAUCAGGGACUAUGGCAACAAGUCUCCUCAGUACAGCUCAGGAAGCUACGACUCAUUGAAGAUGGAGACAUGUGCCGAGGACCUGACCGUGACCAGAGGCGUGGCGGCGGCAGACGACGAUGACGACGAUGAUCACGACGACAGUGACAAAAUCAACGACACAGAGGGCAUGGACCCUGAGAGACUAAAGGCCUUCAACAUGUUUGUGCGUCUGUUUGUGGAUGAGAACCUGGACCGCAUGGUGCCCAUCUCAAAGCAGCCCAAGGAGAAGAUCCAGGCCAUCAUUGAGUCGUGUAGCCGCCAGUUCCCAGAGUUCGAGCUGCGCGCUCGCAAGCGCAUCCGCACCUACCUCAAAUCCUGCCGCCGAAUGAAGAAGAACGGCAUGGAGACACGACCCACCCCACCUCACCUCACCUCAGCCAUGGCUGAGAACAUCCUGGCAGCCGCCUGCGAGAGCGAGACACGCAAGGCUGCCAAGAGGAUGCGGCUGGAUGUCUACCAGGCACAUGAGGAGCAGAUAGCACUUGACAAGCCCAGUUCUCGCGAGCCAGCCUCCCUGGCCCACUCUGCCUACUCCCUGGCCGCCUCAGCCUACUCCCAGGACCAGCUCUACAUCAACGGUGGGCUCAACUACAGUUACCGUGGUUACGGGGGCCUGGGAGCAAGCAUGCAACACCCUGUCUCCUUGACAACCGCCACUGCUCAGAGCAACGGCCCUACUGACCUCAGCAUGAAGUCCCUGGUGUCCAACUCGUCAUCGGCCAGCUCCAACAGCCACGGGCGGAGCGGUGGCGGCGGAGGGAGCGGGGCCUCGGCACAGCUCAGCCCCACGGAGAUCACAGCCGUGCGUCAGCUCAUCGCCGGCUACCGCGAAUCAGCCGCCUUCCUGCUCCGCUCGGCCGACGAGCUGGAGACCCUGAUCCUGCAGCAGAACUGAGAUGAAAACUCCAUCUCUCCCCGACUCCCUCCUCCCUCUCUCACUCCAACUCUCCCACACGAACCCUAACUAACCGACCAACCACUCUCGCACUCAGCAGAUCCAUCCGUCCGUGAUUCGUCCUCCUCCACCAACCUUUACAUUCUCCUCAUCGCCAGGAAAAGAAGGCAUGCAAACAGCGCUACCUUCCUCUAGUCUAAUAAUCCAAACCCCCUUGAUUGUUUUAGCAUUAGUGCGUGGAGAGAAAGAGCACUGUCUGUGACCACUUUGGAACAGCGUUUCUCCCUCUCUUCAACCACCUGUAAAGGAUUGCGCUCCCUCCCAAUCAUAACAGCUCUCCCUCACUCCCACAGCUCUGUGGAAAGAAGAGGGAUGACACAGGGAGUCGGAAAUGAGUCUACCUAGUGUGGGGGAGAGAGUGGUGGGCUGGUGCACUGGAGAACACUGAAGGGUUGUGCAGUAAGGAGAGAAGAGCGCCCCCUUGUGUAAGAAUAAAAUAAGUGGAUCCUUUUUGUGUGCCAGGAAGCUCUAUGUGCUGCAGUACACAGAUCCCCUAAACAACCUCGCCCUCCCCAAUAACAAUGAAAGCGAGACUCCCUAAAUAGUACAAAGAAAAUUAGUACAAAAAAUAUUCUACAGGUUUUUUCGAAGCCUGUAGAAUAUUUACGUUUGUUUGGCACCGUUCCCGAGCUACUGAAAAGGGGUGAUGACUGAUCUGAAAGAGAGCACUAACUAUAAGACACUGAACCACUUUGUUAAUGAACAGAGGCUAAGGAAGAAGACUGGGGGAAAAAAUGUCAAAAGAGAGACGCGCUCGCUGUAAAUAAGCUCUCUGUGUCCUAAAGCACUUUCCCCUGAUUCAGACCUCACCUACCCGUUGAGGAAUAAAGACCUGAUUCAGACCUCACCUACCCGUUGAGGAAUAAAGACCUGAUUCAGACCUCACCUACCCGUUGAGGAAUAAAGACCGCGAUGUCCCGGGAGCAACACUUUAACUUAUGCAUUAUGGAGACGCCAUCUUUUCCACAUGGAAAUACCUCAGAUCUACCAACCGUUUUAGUACUUCAUUCAUACUGGGUGCCGUUAUCAUACCACGCUCACCAGUUGCUACCUGAUGUGUUCAGUGUUUUCAAAGACCUGCAGGAAGCAACGUCUUAACCAUUUCAAGGAGAAUAAAUAUUGUAACUAUAGUUCAAAUUCUAUCCCAAACAAAGUAUUGUUUGUCCCGUUAUUUGUGUAAUGUAUAUAUUCAGUCCAUAUUUGAUUCUAGAAGCAUCAGUAAAGUGAAGGACUGGGGGCAAGGAAGUAUGUUCUGUGGGAGACUGAACCUCUCCGAAGGUAGCUGGAGAUGUUUUCCCAGAGGCCUCCAUGUUUCCCACCCCCCUGGUGGCUCGUUGCUCCCUCAUCAAUUCCAGGUUUUGGUUUGUCCCGAUCUGGUUGUCAACACUCAUCACUCGAUGAUACCAUCUCUUCUGGGUCUGGUUCUGCGUUCCUCUCUCUAACCUACCCCCCUCCUCCGGACCUAUACCCCCCACCCCCUUCUCCCCCCUGACCUUACCUGAGCUCCGUCCAGCUUAGUUCUGGACCUUGGUUCUGGGAGGAAUUCUGUAUUUCUUUGUCUAUUGACUCUUUGAGAUGGCCAUUAAUCCACGCUGCUGCUACUAUAUGGACCGGACUUUUGCCACAGACCUAUAACCUCAAGUCAGGACGCCAGCCUCCUGCACAACCAGAGCACCUCAAGACAACAACACAUUCAAAAAGAAGCAAAAACUACUCGAGACGGAUAAGAGACAAAAAUGUCAUUUUUGAAAAGGACAUGCCAUCCCAGUCAGUUGAUUCUCUCUGCUACUAGGCACUCUGGUUGAUCUUUUUGUUCUUUCAUAAGGCUGUGUUGUUUCUACAUUCACUUUUUUCCUUUGUAGUUUUCUUCAUGAGUUUGAACCUCUGGAGGCAUAAAAGGAUCAAUGUGCUUCUCUUGCAGCCACUCACAAGGGUGAUCUGGGCCUAUCUAUCUUACUCUACAAUGUGUGGCCAAAGUCUGUGAGGUUUGUACCCUUUUAGAAUGAGAGAAAAAAAUGCUCAAUGUUUCUUCAAGAGGCAAGCCUGAAGGCUCCCUUUUGCACACUGAAGCAACAUAAAUCUGUGACGAAGGCCCUGCUUGUUCAGGUAUCCAUCUUGCACUGGCGAGGUGUGUCCUACUAAAGGAAAGAGGAAGAGUGUCGCAAUGCAGUUGAUAAUCAUCACAUUCCUGGGCCUUGACUGCAUAGUGUUAAUGAAAAGAGGCUGAGCCCAAAGUGCGAGUUGUACAACGCAUCACAUAUGACCACCUCUAUUGUGUAAAUGAAAGCCAUUGAUUUAGAUGCACUAGCUCCGUGGCCUGUGAGAGGUCAUGUCUAGAAGGGAUUCCCCUAAUGUCAAAGUGAUGUCAAAACAUAGAUAUUCGAGUCACAUCAGGGAGAAUUUUUGCAUUUUAGCUAACCCUAACUAUUUUCCUAACCUUAACCUGCUGCAUAAGUUCUCCUAGCCUGCUAUGAAAAGUCACAAAUGACAUUAGCGGCAUCCCAUCUAGUCAAGACCCCUGUGAGAGAUUGAAUGGAGCACUGGGCUCACUGGCAACACUCUGAACCACAGAACAACACCUUGAUCUAUCCUCCUAGCAUACAUGUGCAAUGUCAAAUCUGAUCUCCUUAAUGAGUACAAAAUGAUUAAGACAUUUUUUUAUUUAUUUUUAUUUUUAUGUUAUGAAAAUAGUAUGCCUAGAUAGAAAGUAGAAAAUUAAGUCCAAUAAGUCCUCUUUAUCUCAGAGCAAGCUUUUGAUUGAAUCUGCUUAGUGGGUAAAAAAAUGACAAACACAAGAGAAAUAUGCAAAAUGACCAGUCAAGAGGAAACCCCCUCACUGUGUUCUCUCUCAAUGUGGCUUUGAUGGCUUCAAAAUGUGUUUCCUUAUUAGUAUCGCCCUCAUUUCUGCGGAUCCACCCUUCACUCUGCUCACGCCCUGGGGUCAUAAGCUACAAUUCUCUCAGUACAGUAGAUGAAUAUGACGGGGGGGGGCUAGAAUUAACUUAGAAGGGGAUUCUCUUCAUUCUUAUUCACUUCAGUCUUAAAACUGCCUUUUUUGCCACUGCAGGUUUGAGGUUUCAAAGGAUUGCCAUACAAGUAGUACACACAGUGCUGUGGCCAAACUGUACAUAGUGCUGUAAUUGAUGAUGUUACAGAGCAGUUGCUAGAGACAGUUCUGCUGUCCUCUGUAUUUCCCUACUACCCCAGGUCAACACAGAGCGAUGGAUGGAUCCUACCUCUUUAGAAAUGACCAGUUGAGCGCUGCUGAAUUUUGUAAUGUCACAUGCCACGAACGUCUGCUAUAUAGUUAAGUGGGGGGAAAAAAAGAAGAAGAAGAUUGUGAAAGUUAUGCAUUUGUAAUAUAGACGAGGGACAAUUAAAUGUAUCUCUAAGAAGGUGGUAAGAGAUUAUAUAGUAAAGCUCUCGCUCAAUACUCCUCCCUCCUCCUCCGUUUGAACCUCUGGGGUUUUGCUCUAGUUUCUCACAGCCGGCUACACACGUUAUGAAAACAUACUGUAAAAAUAGGCAAAAGACAAUCUUGGAAAUAUGUAACUUGCUCACUGUUUAAUUUCCAUUCCUUUCUGUGUGCAGCUAUUGUAUACAGUGCGUCUUGGAGUAUUUUAGCCAUAAUCACAGCAUUCUUACUCAAACUUCUGGCUCCUUAACGGCGGUGGAGCGCUCAUAUUGGCCCACUGUCGAUACACAUUUUCUAUUUUUAUUAUUAUUUUAUACAUAUUUUGUAGUGCAAGUCAGUGGUAUUAUCAAAUAAUAUUUUGUACAAUACCAACAUCUCAAGUGAAGUUACUCUGUAUGCCUAUACUGUACAUUCCAAACAAGGAUGUCAACACGUUUAACAACCGACCUGACCAGCUUCACGUUUAGUGAUCUGACCUCUGUGCCCAACACAAAACCCACACCCUAACAAACGCUUGAGGGAGUGCUCUCUGUUAAGAUUAACACGGUUGGCCUUGUGAUUAGCUUCAAACAUGUUGUUGAUUGGAGCCAUGAUUAUUCUCCUGCUUAGGGCCAAAAAGACUUGACAUGCCAGAGAACGUGCCAACCGAGCACAGACCAAGUUUGCAACCUUAGCCAUGACCUUCAUGAAACUCCCCCUCUCAGACUACUGCAUGUAUCUCUCCCCCUGGGAAUGCUAUGCAGCAGUGUCAGCACUUCAGUGAAGGGGCAGUGUUUUGAGUGUGAGAAAGGUGUGAUUCCCUUAACCCUGAUCAUACUGUUUUAAGCGCAAACUGACAUUGGACCUCAAUGACUUUACAAAUGUCACCCCCCCCAACAGAGAUGGUUCCACUCAGACAGGAGCAAAAAUAUGUGUGGUGCUGGUCAGGGUACCGCAAAUGGACACACAUUUUAAAACAAAUAUCUGCUUUGGUCAGAUGUAUAGCUCGACAUAAAAACAAGAAAGGAGAAAAAGAUGGCUGAACGUUUUAUUUUUCUAUCAGGGCAGUGUACAGCUACAGUCAAAUUAAAAUAGUUUUUCCAACCAUAGUGUGUUUUAUUUUAUCAUUUGGUGGUGCUUUGGAUUCCUCUGUUCUGUUUUAGGUUUUCCACUUUACCUACUGUACCAGAAGCUGAUUGUCUUUCUCAGUUUCGGUUUGUACCUAAUACCAAUGUGAAACUGUAUUUUCCUCCUGAUUUUGGACUCAGUGGAAGUGUGAUGUUUACAUGUACAGAUUUUUGCUAUUCUUUUUUGUUUUGUUUGGUCAUUUCUCUCCACCCUGUUUUAAGUUAGUCUGAUACCUUGUAUGUUGAUGGGAAAUGGGACCAUGUCUAAAUUAGGUUAAUGUCACAUGGACACAUAUUUAGAAACUGGGUGUUGGGAGAGAUGUGUGCUUGGCUUAUGGAAUGCCCUCUCCUUAGCUUACCUGAUACACACAAACCAGUGAGUCACAGUGAACUGAAGCUCUGGUUUGACCACUUUACCAAUAUAGGAGAAUUUGUUCCUUAGUGAAUUAUAAGCCAUUGACAUGCCCUUGAAGGGUUUUCUAGACUAUUAGUAUAUUUAGUGAGGAAAAACUCAACUGCAGACAAAAACCUCAGGAAAAGGACAUCACUUUUUUAACACAUCUUACUGAAGGCCCAUUUCCCUCAUUGAUACCAUAUAAAUUAUAUCAAAAUAAUUAUAAUUUUUUAUAUUUAUUGUGUUAUAUAUAUAUAUAUAUAUAUAUAACAGUGGAUACCUUUUUUCCAGUACAUGUGGCUAAAAAAAUUGUAUUAUUAUAUAUAUAUAUAUAUAUAUAUAUAUAUAUAUAUAUAUAUAUAUAUAUAUAUAUAUUAUGUGUGUGAAGCAACUUAAAGAUUGAAAAAAUGAGAAAAAAAAUAUUUCUGUUUGUUUAAUGCAAAACAGCAUGGGUGGUUAUUUUCCCUAACAUAUCACUUUGAUUAAUGAAAAACCAAUGAUUUGAAAUUAAGCUUUCUUAAGUGUGAUGUCACUGCUAAGGUCAAAUGUUUCCAAACUUAAAUGUGACUUUUUUUUCUCCCAAGAUGUACAUCACAAAGCUAAAUAUACUAAUAAAACAGUGUGCUAUCUAUUAAACA